AUGACGAUCGCAGAGAUGAAGGCGGCUUACGAGAAAGCCCAAGCCGAACUAGCCCAAGAGAGGGCAUCCAACGAAACCCUCCAGAAAGAGCUCGAAUCUGUAAAGAGCAACAAGCACCAGUCCCGCUACAAAGGUGGGAAGCCAAAAAAGCUAACGUUCGAGAUGCCCGAUGACUUUGAAGACGUGACCGACGAUGAGGAGGAAACCCGUGAGGAAGAAGACAAAGAAGCUCCCGAUCCGGUGACCCAACGCCAGAACAAGAUGGAUGCACGCAUGACAAAGCACUAUUCCCGCCUGAUGAAGUUGAUGACCAGGUUCCCCGGGGCACCUACACCAGUGGAGACCGAGCCGACCGACGGGUAUGCCGCGUCGCCGUUCUGCGAAGCGAUCGCUAGAGUGACGGUUCCGCACACGCUCCGGCUCCCAACCUGGACCACCCUGUACGACGGGACAUCCGACCCCUAUAGGCACGUCAACUUCUACAAGCAGCGCAUGUGGCAGAUCGGGAUUCCGCACGACCUAGUGGAACCUGUUAUGUGCAAAUCAUUCGGUGGCACCCUCGAUGGAGCAGCGUUGGAAUGGCUCACGAACGUCCCUCCCAGAUCCAUCUCCUGUCUGUCCGACCUCAUCAACGCCUUCUACCAACAAUUCGCCAGCAGUCGCCAGUUAGAAAAACAAACCAGUGAUCUCUAUCGGACUGCUAUUGAGGCGUUCAAGAGAGGCCUCAUCCCCAAUUCGGAGCUAUACCGGGAAAUAACCAAAUACCCCUGUGCAACUUUCGAAGAGGUGCGAUCAAGGGCCACCGCCCAGAUGCGAAUCGAAGACGACGAGGUUAUCCGAACAGCAUCUCAACGAUCGACCGGGGCAGCAACGACAGAAGAUCGUACACCCCAAGGAACAACAAUUGGCGACACCAACCGUAUGUUCGGCAAAACCAGGAACGAACGGGUCGAACACCCCAACAUCUCCGACUACGGCUUCAACGUCGACAUUGGAGGUGUGGUGAACGCCCUUCAAAAUGUAGGUGGAACAGUCAGAUGGCCCCGGAAGAACGACAGACCGGACUCCAUGAAGGACAUGAGCAAAUGGUGCGACUUCCACCGCGACAACGGACACACAACCGAGGAGUGCAUCUCCCUCCGAAAGGAAGUCGCAUACCUCCUGAAACGGGGGCAUCUAAAGGAACUGUUGAGCGACAAGGGAAAAGAAACAUUUUCCAAAGAGCAAACCACCCUGCCCGGCCCAGCGACAAGCAGCGAGCGACCAGAACCACCACCGUUCAAUAAAGUGGUAAAUGUUAUUUCCGGUGGUUCAGAUAUUUGUGGACUAACCUCUUCUGCAGCUAAAAAAAUUAACAGGGGAGAAUCUGAGACCGUAGAAGAGGGACAAACCGAAGACGGGGUCGCACUACACAGGUCCCUGACCGCAAUGGCUAUUACUUUCGACGAUUCAGAUUCUGUAGAUACACAGCGAGAGCACCACGACGGGUUGGUAAUAUCGCUCCCAAUAGGAAACGCAUUGAUCAAAAGGAUACUGGUCGACAACGGAAGCUCAGCCAACGUACUGUUCUUGGAAGCACUACAAGAAAUGGGAUUAGAAGAGAAAAACAUAGUAAGGAGAUCAACAGUCCUGGUAGGGUUCAGUGGAGAAGCACUACGGACGGUAGGAGAGAUAUCGCUGCCUACAUACGCAGAAGGCGUCAACAUGAUGACCAAGUUCAACGUCGUCGAUUGUCCAUCAGCGUACAACGUCAUCCUAGGACGACCAUGGAUCCACAAAAUGAAGGCAGUGCCAUCAACAUAUCACCAAUCAAUCAAAUUUCCAACCAAGUGGGGGGUCAUGGAAAUCAAAGGGCAGCAAAGGGAUGCGAAGAAAUGUUACGAGACAGCACUGAAACCAUCCAAGUCACCCAUCUAG